AACCUGCCAGUUGGAGCGCAGUUGAAAGCUGGGGACAGCUGAGGGAGUGUUCGGGAUUAGUCGGUGUGACGGUGCGGACUUCUUCUUGGUCUUCUCCCCUGCCUUUGUUGGACUGGAACCCCUGGAAAGGAUCUCCUCCGGCCAGGAAGAAUGGCUGUACCGAUCAACCCCAUGGAUGAGCCCAGGAUGUACCAGCAGACGCUGCUCCAGGACGGCCUGUGCGACCUCCUGGAGAAGGACAAGCUGGUGGACUGCGUCCUGAAGAUCAAAGACAAGGAGUUCCCCUGCCACCGCCUGGUCCUGUGCGCCUGCAGCUCUUACUUCCGCUCCAUCUUCCUGUCCGACUUGGACGAAAGCAAAAAGAGGGAGAUCGUCUUGGAGGACGUGGAACCGGGGGUGAUGGGGCUGAUACUCAAGUACUUGUACACCUCCAAAAUCAACGUGACGGAGCAGAAUGUUCAGGACAUCUUCGCCGUGGCUAACAUGUACCAGAUCCCCUCCAUCUUCACCGUGUGCGUGUCUUUCCUGCAGAAGCGUCUGACCCUCAGUAACUGCUUGGCCAUCUUCAGGCUGGGCUUGAUGCUGGACUGUCCCAGGCUGGCCGUGACCGCCCGAAACUAUGCCUGCGAGCGCUUUCAGCUCAUCUCCAGGGACGAGGACUUUUUGCAGAUGCAGCCCAGCGAGCUGGCGGCCAUUUUAGCCAACGACAAUCUGAAUGUGGAAACGGAGGAGGCCGUGUUUGAGGUGUUAAUGAACUGGGUGUCUCGGGACUUGGAGGACAGAGAGAAAGCCUUGCCCGGCUUGCUGGAUUGUGUUCGCUUGCGUCUGGUCAGUGAAGACUACCUGAGGGAAAAGGUGGAGAAACACAAACUCAUCUCGUCUAACCCAGAGCUGCUGAAGAAGCUCCAGAUGGUCAAAGACGCUCAGGCUGGGAAGAUGCCUGAGGCAAAACCCAAGAAGGAGAAGAAGAAGGACGCCGGAGCAGACGAUGAGGAGGAGGAAGUAGAGGAGAGUCUUCUCCCGAGCAUCCUCAAUGACACCAUGCGCUUUGGUAUGUUCGCCCGGGACUUGAUCCUGAUGGUCAACGACGCGGGGGCGGUGGCUUACGACCCAGCGGGCAACGACUGCUUCAUGGCAUGCGUGUCCACUCAAGUUCCCAAAAACCACGUCAGCCUGGUCACUAAAGAGAACCAGAUCUUUGCGGCCGGAGGAUUGUUCAUUGAUGAGCAGAACAAGGAGGACCCGCUCUGCUCAUACUUCCUGCAGUAUGACCCGUCAAGCGCUGACUGGCUCGGGAUGCCACCGCUGCCGUCUCCCCGCUUCCUCUUCGGAAUGGGUGAGGCCGAGAACUCCAUCUUUGUGCUGGGAGGACGGGAAGUGAAGGAUCAGGAGCACACGCUGGACUCCGUUCUGGUCUACGACAGACAGUCUUUCAAGUGGGGCGAGUCGGAGCCAAUUCCAUACGCGGUGUACGGACAUGCGACGGUGUCCCACAAGGACCUGGUUUACGUGAUUGGAGGAAAAGGAGAGGACAAGAGCUGCUUGAGCAAGACGUCUGCGUAUGACACCAGGAGGUUCGAAUGGAAGGAGCUGUCCCCCAUGAAGUCUGCUCGCUCGCUUUUUGGAGCGACCCUUCACAAGAACAAAAUCUACGUGGCAGGAGGGGUCACCGACACGGGCCUGACAGACUCUGUGGAGGUCUACGACAUUGCCACCAACAACUGGUCCGACUUCGAGACGUUUCCCCAAGAACGAAGUUCCCUGAGCUUGGUGUCUUUGGGGGGGUUCCUGUACGCCGUGGGAGGCUUCGCCAUGAUGCCUUUGGAGGACAGCGAUGACAUGGUUCCCAAAGAGAUGAAUGAUGUCUGGAGGUACAACGAAGCGGAGAAGAAGUGGACCGGAAUCCUCCGCGAGAUCCAGUACGCCUCGGGAGCAACGGUUCUCGGUGUCCGCCUCAACACGCUGCGACUCAACAAGAUGUAACGACGUCAUGCCAGAAACAUUGGAGAUUUGUUAUCAGGACUCUUCCACGUUAAAAGUUGGGACUCGCCAAAGAGUCCACCAUGUCUUUUCGCAACCGAACUGUUGGGAUUGUGGACUUCAUCAGUCCAUGCUCACAGACAGUCUGAAGGGACGAUGCAGGACGGCGUACGGUCCAGUUUUAUGAAUGAGAAUAUUUAUGUCAGGUUCAAACAGCGAUGACAUCUAUUAAAACAGACAAGAAGCAAGGAAUUGAACAGUCAAUUUAGCUCAACGGGAAGAAACGUCUGGGCUGUACUCUUGCACAGUCCUCCACCACGGUCUGACGAAAGGAUUGCGGGCCUCCUCUUUUAUUUGGACUUUCCCCGAUCACAUGGCAACAGCUGUUUCUAAGGGGCGAGGGGGUCGUAAACAGCCGUUGCCCUCCGUCACAAAACAGUUCAAAGAAAAGAAGCCUGGAGCUUGCGUCAAGUCCUGCUCUCGGGUCAAGACAACAUCUUCCUGUGGAUCACAAUCGAUCAAAGAAACCGACGCCGUCGUACACAGUGGAGUUUUACAAGCCUUUUGCUUGGUAGGAUCAAAGACAGCUCUUGUCUAAUCGCCGGGAACAGAAAGUUUUGUGACAAGUUACAUACAAUUAUUCUGACAACUUACAGAUGAUCCCUGAUAGUUGAACCAAGGGACUGAUUGACGUUUCCAUCGUGGCAACAAAUUUCUCGCUUCUUUCCAAUUUUUUUUUUCUUUUUUUUGCACCACAUGAACCUUGAUGACUCGUUAUAAUAAAACACAGCACGCAAACAUGAA